CAGACUAUCUCCAAUGGCUUACUCUAAAAUAGAGCAACUCUAUAAUAGAGUUUGAGUUUGCUCCAAUAAUAUUAUAUUUUAGAGUAUAGAAAAUAGAGUGAUGGACAAAAAAAAAACAAGAUACUUUAUAUUUGGAGUAAACUUAUUUUUCACUCUAUUAUAGAUUGAAAAAUAUAGUACCAUUGGAACAUUUUUACUCAAAAUUCUAUUUUAGAGUGAAAAAUAAGUGGGGUUGGAGAUGCCCUCGUACUACAUAAAAUACUAACAAUCAGAGCCAAGAACAUUAGGCUUGUCCAACCAGAUUCAGCUAUUUAAACAGUACAAAGUUUGCAAAAUGCUGGUGAAACCAAUCUGACAUAAAUCGACCACAAAUCAAUGAGAGGCCAAGAAAGUACUAAUAACAAAAGAUUUAUAUGUGAGCCAGAAGAAAUAUUAAAACCGACUUCUAUAUACAAAGAUGAUAGAAAAAAGCAGAAGGAAGUUAUACAAACCUUUUUGUAAGUAUAUUAUAUAUAAAUGCUGCGUUACAAAAAAAAUUAUAUAUAAAUGCUACUUGACAAAAAAGUAUAUUAGCAAAAUCAACCUUGUAUGAAACUCCAACAAUCUCCUCUCCACGAGGUGUAGUCUCUAUCUUUUGAACUUAAGUAAUGCAUGGAUUGACAAAAAAAAAAAAUCAAUACUUUAUAACGGGAGCUGCACAAUUGAUAAAAAAAAAGAUAUGAAAAGCAAAAUUAAUGACGGGAGUUGCACAAUUGAUGAAAAAGUAAAUGCAAAAAAGACAACCAAAUCCACUGGUAGUUAAUGUAAAAUACGUUAAAAAGCUUCUACAUUAAAAUUUACCAACAAAAUAUUAUGACACUUUGCAAAGAGGUUUCUACACACCCUUUAAACAAAGAACCCAAUGUUUUCAUUUUCAAUAGUAAAUUUUGUAAAAGGAUAAUGAUUUUUCUCUUUAAUUAGUAGUUGCUUUAUUAAAUCAAAACUAAUUAAACAAGUAGAUAAGCGAUCAAUGUUUUCAUUUUAAACAAUAAAAUUUAAGAAUGAUAUGUAAUACUUUUCUUCAUAAUUACUCCCUAUGUUUAAUUUUAAUUGAUGUUUUAAGGUUUUUUUUGUUUCAAUUUAAAUGAUAUUUUAAGAUUUAUAUACAAAUAUUUAAUGUUAUUUUGUGUUUUUGACCACUUAUAUUUUAUUAGAUGAUUUUUUAUUUGUUAGAUUAGUUUUGACUAAUUCAAAAAACGUAUAAAGCUGACAAAAAAAAGAAUAAAAGUCAUCAACUAAAGAUUUAACAUAAUUUUAUGAUUCAAACACCAACUAGUUUGAAUCAGAUGGAAUAUUAGCUAUUUUAUUAGUAAUAAAAAACUAAAGAUGUAAUAUGCAAUUAAUGUUUUUCAUUUUUAAAGCAAAAUUUAAGAAGGAUAAUGUUAAAUCUUUAGUAGCUAUUUGUUCACUCUUUUAUUCAUCCAAAAUCUGUAAUAAAUUCAAAACUAAGAUUGUGUAUACGCAACAUAGUUGAAAAAUAGAAAGACAUUUGUAACAAAGAGAAAAGAGUGAAAUACAUGUGUAACAAAAGAGGUCAGCUUGCCAGCAAAAAAAGAAUUAUAAUAGUAUUAUUCUGGGUAUUAUUUAACUUGGGCAAGAUAUUCCAUCACUUCACAUUAAUUUUCCAUCUCCUAAUAAGUCACCAGUUCGGGUUUCUCUUCCUCUCGGGCCUCUCCUAAAUAACUGUUCGUAUCAUUUACAAUUAUCUAUGUAUCAACUUCUUUCAGUUUUAUAUAUUUUAAGAAACUCUAAUAAUUUUGCAGUUUAAUAAGCUAUCAUAUUGUGUUCUAAGCAUUUAAGGUACUCAUUUCAAUGUUCCUUCAAAUCAAAUAUACAGGUCAAACGAUGUUGCUUCUAGUUAUGGUUGUCUGUUUAAUAGGCUAUCAUGUCUACAAGUCCAUAAAACCUCCGCCACCAAUUCCGCUGCCGGAGAAUGUUUCUGAGAUAUGUUCAAGAAUUAAGCUCAAUGAUGGGAGAUAUUUAGCCUACAGAGAAUUAGGGUUUCCAAAAGAUAAAGCCAAAAAUAAAAUAAUCAUCAUCCAUGGUUAUGGAAGUUCCAAGUUAGUAGAUUUAAAAAUCACAGAGGAAAUGAUUGAUGAAUUCGAGAUAUACUUCUUGCUCUUCGAUAGAGCUGGUUAUGGAGAAAGCGAUGCUCAUCCAUCACGAACAAUAAAAACGGAUACAUACGACAUCGAAGAACUCGCAGACAAAUUGCAAAUUGGUCCAAAGUUCCAUGUCUUAGGAAUGUCACUCGGAGCUUAUCCAGUUUACGGCUGUCUCAAGUACAUUCCUCACAGAUUAAGUGGAGCAACGUUUGUGGCUCCCUUACUGAAUUUUUGGUGGAGUCGUAUGCCUCAAAACCUAUUGAGUGCAGCGCUCAAGAAAUUACCAAUUGAGAACCAAUGGACAUUUCGAGUUGCACACUACCUUCCGUGGUUGCUAUAUUGGUGGUUGACGCAGAAAUGGUUUUCACCGUUUAAUCUGAAUCCCCUAACAACGAUGACCGAGCGCGACAUAGAACUCGCGGAUAAGCACACUAAACACUCUUAUAUCAAGGAAUCCGCUCUACGACAAGGCGAAUAUGUGAGCAUGCAACGGGACAUCAUUGCCUCUUUUGAAAAUUGGGAGUUUGAUCCAACCGAAUUGCUCAAUCCGUUUUCAGAUGGUAACGAAGGGUCGGUUCACAUUUGGUGUGCACUCGAAGACAAACAAAUUUUGCGUGAGGCUUUACUCUAUAUAUGUGAUAAGCUGCCAUGGAUAAAACUUCAUCAAGUCCCAGAAGCUGGACAUCUUAUUAUCCAUGAGAAACAGCAUUUUGAAGAUAUUAUCAAAACCGCUUGUAGUUGAAUGAAAAAAAAAAAAAUCUCCACUAUAGUUUGUCAUGAAUCGAUUUGAUAAAAAUAUACUGUAUGUUUGAUAUGUCAUGAAUCGAUUUGAUAAAAAUAUACUGUAUGUUUGAUAUGUCAUGGAUAUUUUGAUAAAUCAAAGUGAACUGAUCUACUUCUGAAGAUCUCAUACUACAUAAGUACUAACAAUGCAAGCCAAAAAGAUUAGGCUUGUCAAGCCGAAUUCAUCUUAAUGUUUUUCUUCUUAACUAGUACUCUCUUUUUUCAAAAAAAAAAUGUUAUUAAUUUUUUUUUUGUCAUACAAAAAAGUGUCAUUUGAUAAUUUAACCACUACCGAGUGUAGAAUAUGUUAGAAAUUUUAAUUUAGUAAAACUUCAUUUGAUAAUACAAAUGUAGAAUGCGUUUGAAAUUUUAAAACAACACUAAAAAAUUUAGGCUUCAGUAUAUAUAACGUUUAACGUAAAACUCAAUAUUUCGUAUGGGUUUAUAUAUAGAUUUUGAAAAAAAUCAAAAAUAUAACAAUAUUUUAUUAAUGCAUAGUUGCAUCCUAAACUAACAUAUAAUGAUGGUCAAUAGGCUUGAAACCUUUUUUUGUCUAUGUUUCUCUAGAAAAUAACGAUUUUAUAAUAGUUAGUCCACUGAUUUAGGAUUAUAUAUAGUUUUACUAAAUUAAUUGAUAAACAAAUUAAAAAGAUGUCAAUGUACCAUGAACGAGAUUUUAAAUACAUUAAUACAAAUAUAGAAUGUGGUUAGAAAUUUUAAAGCAACACAAAAAAUUAUAGGCUUGAAUAUAUAGAGAAUUUAAAACAACACUAAAAACACAUAGAUUUUGAGAAAAUUCAAAAAAUAUGACAAUAUUGAUUUUAUGCAUAGUUUCAUCU